CAGUCUAAGGGCUAUUUGACAUCGCCUCUCCCACGUGCUCUCUUCCAUCCAGCGGCUGCGGCGCCCGCCCUGACCCAGACCUUCCGCCCCUAGGCUCGACUGGCAGCGCAGCCCCCCAGCCCCGCACUGGUGUCCGAUGCGAGAGCCUGUGCUUAAGUAAGACAUCAAGCCUCAUUGGAGAUAUUCAAGCAAAGAUUGGACAACUAAUUUUCCGGAACAAAAGGAAACUCAUGCAUCAGAAAAGACUGAACGAGCCUUGCAUCUCUGGAGAAAACUCCACUUAUUCAAGGUGACUAAUAAACAUACCAAAAGAAUAUGGCUGCACAAAUGCCAGAAUCUGAUCAGAUAAAACAGUUCAAGGAAUUUCUUGGAACCUACAAUAAACUUACCGAAACGUGCUUUUUGGAUUGCGUUAAAGACUUCACAACAAGAGAAGUCAAACCUGAAGAGACCACCUGUUCAGAACAUUGCUUACAGAAAUAUUUAAAAAUGACACAAAGAAUAUCCAUGAGAUUUCAGGAAUAUCAUAUUCAGCAGAAUGAAGCCCUGGCAGCCAAAGCAGGACUUCUUGGCCAGCCACGAUAGAGAAGUCCUGAUGGAUGGACUUUUGAUGAAAGAUUGCCAGCAGCUGUUGUGAUAGAAAUGAUUCAUCUGCUAGAAUCCCCGGAAAGCAGUAGCCACCAUGUUAAACUGUCUGUCAUGACUGUGGCAAAUGGAAACAACUGGAGAAACAAAAUUGCUAUUUAUGGAGAAUAAUCAAAAUAGAAGGUCUUAUUGUUCAAUGAAAAUAAUAAGAUGCAACAUUUGUUGAGGCCUUAAGAUUCAGCAGCUUGGUAACUUCAUUAGAAAAAUAAACCAUUGUUUCUUCAAUUGUGACUGUUAAUUUUAAAGCAAAAUAUGUGUUCAAUCAUGUAUGAGAUCAAAAAAAAUUUUUAUUACUAAAAGUAAAAUAAAUGGAAAUAUCACUGAGCAGUUGUUUAUACUAUAUAUAGUACCAUAGUAUUCUGACUGGACUGUGGAUACGUUGAAAUGUUUUUCAAUCACGAUCAUCCUCCAAGUAUUCCUGUUCAUUCAUGUCUGCCUCAAAUUGCUGGUAAAUACAUAAAAUAGUUACUUGCUAAUCAUUUCAACCCACUAUCCUUUCUUGCCUCCCUUCUUGUGUUAGGGUGGAUAUUAUACAUUCAUAUUCUAGCCAUAUUUUGAUAUGUCUAUAGUAAACAUCCCACCUGAGACUACCUUGGGAAUGUGUAAGAAUUGACUGUUACGCUCUAGUAGAGACUGUGUUUUGUGUUUUGUUCAAAAGCUGAGUCCAACAUGAAUGAUUCUGAAUCAUUCCAACAUUAUACAGUGUAUUCUCAGCCAUGACAUGUGAUCAGUGCAAUAAAAAGUGAACCGAA